UUGAGAGGAGGUGGCCCUAGACUUCCCGGGACUAACCGGCGACCAACGGUUGCCCGGUCUACACGUGCGAUCGGGCGAGCAAAAGGGAAAGGAUUUGGCGUGUGGUGUUUUAUUCCUUGCAAGGGAGGGCUACCUAUCUAUGCGUUUGUUUUUCUCAUCGUUCUGCAAUUAAUCUUCCUGUGCGCAAGGCCCGAAAGCGUUUCAGAAGAAGAGAGUCUUGUGUGUAAGUAGAAGCCAUGAGGAUCCGAAAGCGUUCCAUUGCUGCGUUAUCCUUGUCCUUGUCGCCCACUUCUAUGGAGAAGCGCCCUGACGUCUCAUGUUCGAGUCGCGAGGAGGAGCAGAUGAUCAAGGAAAAGCAGUUUCUUUUCCCUCUCUUGGCGGCGGCCAUGGACGUCCAGGCCCAUGCCCAGUUUGGGGAACAAGAAGGUCAUGCAAAAAUUGCUCAGAUUCAGUCUCGCCCGCUGCACAAAUGGAAGAAUGCACUGAUUCGAUGCACCACAGAAACCCAGGUUCUCCAGGAAAGCGGGGAAGGCGAUAACUCGUCAUACGUAUGGGAUGGGAUUGUGAGUGAUAGGAAAACUGGAGGGGAUAAAUUCAGACUAAUCACAAGCGAAGGUGGGUGUGAGAAGGAUUUCGAUGUGGGUGUGGGUGCUGCCAUGAAGAAGCAAAGAAGCAAGUCGAACUGCACCAAAAAAACUUUUCCUAAGAUGAAGGGAAACGAGGUGAAAGCUGAUGAUGAUGAAGAUAAUAAGAAUGUGCACGCAGGAUCUCAGUGCAGGAGGAGGAAUGGAAGGGGCUGGCGGUGCUCUGAAAGGACUCUUGUGGGAUAUUAUUUGUGCGAGCAUCAUCUGGGAAAGGGCAGAUUGAAGAGUAUUAACAAUAGCGCAGUUUCAGUUGUAGGGAAUGGUAAGGGUACCAAAUUCAAAGAUUUGCAUCUUAUACACGCUGCUACUUCUGCUUUGUAAAUUUGGAUUUCUCCUCCACUGGGAUUACUGACUUAUCGUUCAAACCGCUCUUUAAGCUGUGAAUAAGUUGUGUGUUUUUAGUUGUGUACAAUGCUCCAUCUACUUCUCACAUGCAUGGUUACAUCUACGCUGCCCGUGAUACUUUGCAUGUUUUUUUAUUUGUUGUUAACUGCUGUUAGACCCUGAGCAAUUUUCUGUCCAAUGUUUGGACAAAUUCUUUUUUACUUUGUUAAA